AUGGGUGAUGAACUAAGAGUAAUAAACCGUAUAUCCAAGGAUGUUUCAUCUAAAAUAUGUACAGCUCAAGUGGUCUCAUCGGCUUCAGGAGCCAUACGCCAGUUGAUUGAUAAUGCUAUUGAUGCUGAAGCUAAAGUUAUAGACAUAAAAGUGACAGACAAUGGGUUUACUUCCCUAGAAGUAGCCGAUGACGGUACUGGAAUAGAUCCUUCGAAUUUUGAUACCAUUUGCCAACCCCAUGCUACUUCAAAAUUAUCAGAUUUUUCCGAUUUCCAAGAGCUUACUACUUUGGGUUUUCGCGGAGAAGCUCUGAAUGCCCUUUGUGCUUUAGGACAACUGACUAUAUCAACACGACAUAGAGAAUCGUUAGUCGGAACGAAACUGCAGUUCGACCACAAAGGACAACAAACUAAUAAAACUAAUAUGGCAAAGCCUGUUGGGACCACAAUUAUUGUGGAAAAAUUGUUUGAGACACUCCCUGUUAGAAGAAAAGAAUUUGAGAAAACUCAGAAAAAGGAGAUGGGUCGAAUCAUUUCGACUGUUCAAUGUUUUUGUCUUUCAAGACCAGACAUACGUUUUAUUUUGAGCAAUACUGUUGCUGGCAAAAGGCAACAAAUCUUGUGUACACCUGGAAAGUCUGGAUUGAGCGAAGUUGUUCGCAAUUUGUUUGGUGGUCGUACUGAUAAAAACAAAAUGUUGGAAAUAGAAAAGUCACAUCCUGAUGAUGAAAUUUGCAACCUAUAUGGAUUAACAUCUUUCAAUGAGAACGACUUCAAUGCAAUUACGCUCUCGGGACACAUUAGCUCCUGUGAGCAUGGCUUUGGCCGGCCCUCGGCAGAUCGACAGUUUAUUUAUGUUAAUAAAAGACCCGUGGAUUUCCCCAAAAUUUGUCGGGCUAUCAACGACGUCUAUCAGCAAUAUAACAAAUCUCAGUACCCUACAGUAGUUCUAUUCAUCGAUGUUCCGCCAGAUACUAUUGAUGUCAAUGUAACACCGGACAAGAGAACCGUCUUCUACGACAAGGAGAGAGUUUUACUCGCAAUUGUGAGAGCAUCUGUAAUCAUUUCUUUGAAGCAGGUGCUAGGUUCCUACACUGUGGUGGAAGAGCCUCGUAAAAACAUAAACAAUAGCAUGCUCAAUUCGUCAACUUCUUCCGAUUUGAACUGUUCCAGUAGCUCCAUAGUAGAAGGUGUUCCCAGUGUUUUCGAUUUGCUCAAAGCCGCUAAUGUUGCUAGCAAACGAGUAUCAAACCAAGGAAAUCCAUCAGCUAAGCGAUCAAGAGCGAAUAUAUCUGAAUCAACGAUUAGAACAUUGGAAUCUUUUUCUUUCGCUCCUUCGCAGAAAUCUCAAGAUACAAACAAGUCCAAUACGAGUAGUAUUUUCCCCUCACCACUUAUCACACGUCUCGGCUCAAGACGUCUAGAGAACAUACCUUCAGAAGAAAGUGCGCUUACUGAUACUACUAUCCCGGUUGUUAUAGAAAAUCAUAUACCGGCAGAAGCAUCUGCUUCCUUGUUGUUGGAUGAUGAUACACAUUCUACUGUGCUCACCUCUAACUCACCAGACAGUCAAAUGGUUUCUGCUGUGCUCACCUCUAACUCACCCGACGGUCAAAUGGUUUCCACAAUGCUCGUAUCUACACCUGAGAGAGAUGAAGUUCAUUCUACAGUGAUCACAUCUUCCAUAGUAGAAAAAAUUUCUCCCAUUGCGGCUAUACGAGAGCUUUCUACCUCUCCAAUCAUGGAAGGGCUUGCUGCAGAAAAUGAACGUGAUGAUAUCUUGAAAGGUAGACUUUCUCUAAGUUCUCUCUCUCGGGGAUUCAAUAAUGAUUUGGAUAAAGACGAUGAUUCUGUUUUCAAAAACCUAGAAAAUCGAAUGAAUUCGGAUGAAAACUCUAAAGAUGACAGAUCCGAAAACGACGCAAUAGUGUGUUUGACUCCAAAAGUUGAGAUAUUCUCUCAAAAACAAAGCAACGGUGUAUCUUCUCAAGUUGCAGAUGGAACGUUUUAUCGUCAACAACAAACUGUUGCGUUUGAUUUAAACAAAUUUGAGGAACGUCUUGAACAACUCAGUUGUCGAGCAUUUACAAAGCAAGAAGUACUAAGUCAGACAAAUGAUGCCCUGUUUGAAGUAGGAUUGGAACCCGAAGAGCAAAAUAAAGCGGAGCAAGAAUUCACUAGAAUUCUAAGUAAAAAUGAUUUUAACGAAAUGCACAUUAUUGGGCAGUUUAACAAAGGAUUUAUCAUUGCCAGAUUGAAACAAAAUUUGUUCAUCAUUGAUCAGCAUGCCUCUGACGAGAAAUUCAACUAUGAGCGCUUCCAAAAGAAAGCGUGUAUUGAAAACCAAAAGCUUCUCCAACCCUCUCCCUUAAACUUUGGUGCUCUCCAAGAAUCGGCUCUCCAGGAUAACCUCAGUAUAUUCCGAUCAAAUGGAUUCGAUUUUGAAUUUCGCAGUCAAGAUGAUGGUAGUUCUUUGGCUUAUUUGACAUCAGUACCAGUUCUUAAUAGUUGGCAGUUCGAUAAAGGGGAUAUUGAGGAAAUUCUUGCUUUUGUUCAAGAGUUUCCAGGAGAAAUGUAUCGCCCGUCAAAGCUGAGAAAAAUAUUUGCAUCGCGUGCUUGUCGAAAAUCCGUAAUGAUAGGCACCAGCUUAAAUAAGAAACAAAUGCAGACGAUUGUACGUAAUCUCUCAAAACUGGAUCAACCUUGGAACUGUCCUCAUGGUCGGCCAACACUCCGCCAUCUUGGAGACAUAAGCGAUAUUGGAAUAUUUCCUGACGUUUGA